AUGGGCCAGACGGUGAAACCCCCAGACCCGGAUCGCAAACCUAGAGGUGGUCAAAUUCAAGAUCCUGAUUCGAUAUCACCUAUCCCCUCCCUGAUGGCGACUAUUCAGGAUGACGAUGAGCUGCUGUUGGCUCGAAUUGGAUACAAACAGGAAUUGCGACGAGAGUUCUCGAAAUGGUCCACCGUCUCGUAUGCCAUCUCCAUCCUAGGAGUCCUUGGGUCGGUGCCAGCAACAUUUGGCUCGCCGCUAUCGGCUGGUGGUCCGGCCACGGCUGUAUGGUGCUGGUUGAUCGGCUCCUGCAUGGCGAUGUGUAUCGGCAGUUCCGUCGCGGAAUUGGUCUCGGCCUAUCCAACCGCCGGUGGCAUGUAUUUCGUUACCAAACAUGUUGUUCCGGCCGAUCAGGUCCCAAUCUUCUCGUGGAUCCAGGGUUGGUGCAAUCUGCUCGGUCAGACGGCUGGUGUCUCCAGUGUGGCUUAUACCGUUAGCCAGAUGCUACUGGCCGGCGUUAGUAUGAACUCGGAUCUGGUCGAAGGCCAAUAUUCUUAUUCACCGACCGCACUGCAGACUGUUUUGGUAUCGAUUGGGCUGCUGUGCAUAAUCGGCGUGAUCUGUUCACUGACAACAAAAACCCUGCACCGAAUCAUUCUUUGGUUCGCUCCAAUUAACAUAUCUGCAACUAUCUGCAUUUGUAUUGCAUUGCUGUAUCUCACUCCGGAUAAACAACCCGCCUCGUGGGUCUUUACCCACUUCACUGACGGGUCCGGGUGGGGCUCCAAGGUAUUCUCGUUCUUUUUAGGCUUCUUGUCUGUUGCUUGGACUAUGACAGACUAUGAUGGAACGACUCACAUGUCGGAGGAAACCCAUGAUGCCGCUGUGAGAGGCCCAGUUGCUAUCAAGACCGCGGUGUUGGUCUCUGGAGUAUUUGGCUGGAUGUUGACAGUCUGUAUGUGUUUCUGUCUCACUGAGUUUGAUGAGAUCCUGCAUAGCCCGACUGGCCUCCCCGCCGCACAGAUCUUCCUGAACGCCGGUGGAAAGGUAGGCGGUUCCACCAUGUGGGCUUUUGCCAUCUUGGUGCAAUUCUUCACGGGCUGUUCAGCCAUGUUGGCCGAUACAAGAAUGGCAUACGCCUUUGCCAGAGACAACGCGCUGCCCUUUUCCGAGUUCCUAUCAAAGGUCAACCCUUAUACUCAGACUCCCAUCAACGCUGUCUGGUUUGUGGUCUUUUUCAGCGCUGGUCUCAAUUGCAUUGCCAUUGGAUCUACAGAAACUGCUACUGCCAUUUUCAGCGUCACGGCUCCGGCACUUGAUCUGUCUUAUGUGUCUGUCAUUCUCGCUCAUCAGAUAUACAAGAGGAAGGUCAAGUUCAUCGAAGGCCCCUUUACACUUGGCAGAUGGGGCACUUUGAUCAAUUAUGUUGCUGUCAUUUGGGUGUUGUUUAUCAGCACUAUCCUUUUCUUCCCAUCUCAGCUGCCAGUGACACCGGCGAACAUGAAUUACGCGAUCUGUGUUGCUGCCUUCAUUGGAUUAUUCUCCCUAGUUUGGUGGUGGGUCGCUGCGAGAGGAAAAUACACGGGUCCCCAAACCAACGACAUCAUCCAGGAAAUUCCUUCAGAGGAUACAAACGACUGCGAAGAGCCUGACGAUAUUACCGUCUAG